GAGCCUCCUCCAGGGAUCUCGGCGUGGCCGAGAGGGGAGCAGAUUCAUCUUCUCGAAGCAGUUGUUCAAGGACCUGCCGGAACCCCUUAUGAAGGAGGUGCAUUCAAGUUGGAGAUCAGCGUGCCUGAUAGAUACCCGUUCGAGCCCCCCAAAGUUCGCUUCAUGACCCCCAUCUAUCACCCGAACAUAGACUCAGGCGGAAGAAUCUGUCUUGACAUCUUGAACAUGCCGCCCAAAGGACAGUGGAAGCCAGCAUUGAACCUUAGUACAGUGCUGACAAGCAUUCAGCUGCUGAUUUCAGAACCCAAUCCAGAUGACGGCCUCAUGCCCGAGAUCACCCAAGAGUACAAGCAAAACAGGCUGCGAUUCGAGGCAAAGGCGCGGGAGAGUACCAAGAAGCAUGUGAGUGUAAGGAGGAUCGUUGUUCUUUACGACCUCAAUGUCGCUGUCAGGCUGUUGAUCGAGGAAACGUCACGCUGA